AUGGACAAGCAUCAUCAGCAGCUGCCACUGGCCAAGUGCGCACGGCAGCGGUGCAGUGAAUGGGUAUUUCGAGAUGUUCCCAGCGAUAUAACUAUUGAAGUAGAUGGUGGUACAUUUUCAUUGCAUAAGUUCCCUCUUGUCUCCCGCAGUGGCCGAAUUCGAAAGUUGGUAGCAGAACAUCGGGAGUCUGAUAUAUCAAGGAUGGAGCUUCUUAGCCUACCGGGAGGUGCUGAAUCGUUUGAACUGGCGGCCAAAUUCUGCUAUGGUGUCAACUUUGAGAUUACAGCUGCUGUUGUUGCUCAGCUAUGUUGUAUUUCUGAUUACCUUGAAAUGACUGAGGAAUACUCGAAGGACAAUCUUGGUUCCCGAGCUGAAGAAUAUUUGGAUAGUGUCGUAUGCAAAAACCUUGAAAUGUGUGUUGAAGUCCUCAAACAAUGUGAAAACCUACUUCCACUUGCAGAUGAGCUGAAAAUUGUUACUCGAUGCAUUGAUGCUAUAGCUUCCAAAGCUUGUGUUGAGCAAAUUGCUUCAAGUUUUUCACGGUUGGAGUACAGCAGCUCGGGGAGACUUCACAUGAGCAAGCAAACCAAGUGUGAAGGGGACUGGUGGAUCGAAGAUCUUUCAGUUCUUCGCAUUGACUUGUAUCAAAGGGUUAUUACAGCAAUGAAAUGCCGUGGGGUCAGGCCAGAAAGUAUUGGAGCAUCACUUGUCACUUAUGCACAGAAAGAGUUGAUAAAGAAAUCCAGCUUAUGGAAUCAAUCCACUCAGCCAAAAGUUGAUUUGGGAUCCGAUACCAGUGGUCAUGAAAGACUCGUAGUUGAGACAGUUGUUAGCCUCCUGCCUGUCGAAAAUCUCGCUGUUCCUAUAAGCUUUCUUUUUGGCAUGUUAAGAAGUGCCGUCAUGCUUGAUUGUGCAGUGUCUUGCAGGCUUGAUCUCGAGAGACGGAUAGGAUCCCAGUUAGAUAUAGCUACUCUUGAUGACCUUUUGAUUCCCUCAUUUCGCCAUGCUGGAGAUACAUUAUUCGACGUUGAUACUGUUCACAGAAUAUUGGUUAAUUUUUCUCAGCAGGAAGAUAGUGACGAAGAUAUGGAAGAUGGCUCACUGUUCGAAUCCGAUAGUCCUCCUUCACCCUCCCAAACUGCGUUGUUCAAAGUUUCUAAACUGGUCGACAAUUACCUCGCUGAAAUUGCACCUGACGCAAACCUCAAACUCAACAAAUUCAUAGCCAUUGCAGAAUCUUUACCGGCACAUGCACGCACGCUCCACGAUGGAUUAUAUCGAGCAAUUGAUGUCUACCUCAAGGCUCAUCAAGGUUUAAUAGAUCCAGAUAGGAGAAAGCUGUGCAAAUUAAUUGAUUUUCAGAAACUCUCACAAGAAGCUGGUGCACACGCUGCGCAAAACGAACGCCUUCCUCUCCAAUCAAUAGUUCAAGUGCUUUAUUAUGAGCAGAUGAGGCUUCGUAAUGCCUUAUUCUGCUCAUAUCCAGACGAUGAUCCAAAACCGAUGCACCAAUCCUGGCGGAUCAACAGUGGAGCUCUUAGUGCUGCAAUGUCUCCCCGAGACAAUUAUGCAUCUCUAAGGCGAGAAAACAGGGACUUGAAACUUGAACUAGCUCGACUCAGGAUGAGAUUAAACGAUUUGGAAAAGGAACAUGUUUGUAUGAAGAGGAAUAUGGAAAGAUCCGGUUCUCGUAAAUUCAUGAGUUCCUUUUCGAAAAAGAUUAGCAAGCUGAAUAUAUUUGGACAUAGUUCUUCAAGAGGAUCCAGUUCUCCCUCAAGGCAGUCACAGAGAACUGAUUCUAAGCUAACAGAAAGAACGUGA